AUGGCUGAAGAUGAGGGACCUGCAACUCUCAAGAGUAGACGAGGGGAACCCGAGUCCGGACAGAUUGGAGAAUCACCACCCUCAGAAGGCUUGCCUGCCACAGGCCGACCUCGAGGGGAUUCGAAUAGCGCUCGAAUGCGAAGAGCUUCAACUUCGGGCGGAAAUGGUGUUACGGGUAGGAUUCGAGGAGCCUCGGUCUCUGUCGCCAAUACCCUCAUCAAUUUCAAUCCCCCGCCUGGAAUGUGGGCAGCGACCGGGACGGUCAUAGCCCAUGCACCAAAUGUUACUGAAUUAAGAGAACCGAUUGCAGGAGGAGAAAACAUCGAAUUCGAUGAAUAUGGUCAUAGUGCACGAACCGUAAUCAUCGACGAGGCCGGCACUCCUGUACUCCCGGUCGCCCUCCAGCAAACCACCAGUGCCAAAUCUCCUGAACCACGACCAGGAGUCAUCGCCAGACGACCAACUCUCCUCGAACAAUCCGCGACCUCCGAGAAACACGGUUGGGGAAAAGCCACCGUAAACGGCCUCAAAGCAUUUUGGAAAUUCUUCAUCACCCCAACUGGCUUCCUCAUGACCAUCUACGGCCUCAACAUCGUCGCCUGGGGCGCCAUGCUCUUCUUCCUCCUCCUCAAAGCCGCGCCCGCCAUGAACCACCCCUCCGCCGACAGCAACGACUCCCCGCGCAAGAAAUGGCUCGAGAUCGACUCCCAGAUCCUCAACGCCCUGUUCUGCGUCACCGGCUUCGGCCUCGCGCCCUGGCGCUUCCGCGAUCUCUACUGGAUGAUGAAGAUCCGCGUCAAGAAAAAUAGAUAUGCCAUGGCCCGUCUCUGCGAGCAGAAUAAAGCGUGGUUCCGUCCGCCAAUGUGGUAUGAGGAGCCUGAAGACCGGUACUUGGAACUGGGUAUGGAUAAACGGGUUACGUUUACGGGGGAGGUGGCGCCGCCUACGCGGUUGUGGAAGCUGGAUUUUGUGGUCUGGAUGAUGGUGCUUAACACGCUGUUUCAGGUUGCGCUCGCGACGUUCAUGUGGGUUUAUAAUAGGAUUGAUCGGCCGACAUGGAGUACGGGGUUGUUUAUUGCGUUGGGGUGUGGUGUUAGUCUUGCGGCGGGGGUGAUGAUGUGGUGGGAAGGGAGGAAGAUUAAGAGGAUUGAGGGGCCGGAGGUUAAGGUUGUUAGGGCUGAGGAGGUGGGGGGUGGGAAGGAGGGGGUUGGGAAGUGA